UGAAUUCAAAUUUCAACGAAAUAUUGUAUCGACUCCGACUCAUCCGUUGCAACCUUACUAAAACCUGAGGAGGGGUAGAGAAAAUAUCCGAGGUUCAAAAUCACAAAACCUUGUCAUUCGUUUUCUUAAUAAUUUCUUUAUUAAUAAGCAAAAGAUCCACCUUUUUGUUAUUAUUAUUUUAUCUUUGGGGUUUACGAGCUUUUCUUAGCUUCGAGGGUUACCUCUUACUGUACAUCAAGUCUUUCUCCAAAUUCGAUCUCAGCAACUCUCUUAAGCUUUCGGGUUUAAGGAGAACUAGGUGCAAAUUUUAAGCUGUAAUUAAUGAGGUCGGGUGCCUUGAGAAGGAGGCUUCAUCAUGGGGAUGUUGACGGUAGAAGGAAUGAGAGUUAUGAGACGUCAGGAUUAGAUGGUUUAGAUGAACCCUUGUUAGGGAAUCACGAUUAUGAUGACAAACAUUCCGAGGGGCAAAAGCUAGAGGAAAUUUGGGAUGUAGAGCGAAGGAAGGAACAUUUACAUUGGAUGAUUUUGUUCUCUAACUUGAUCACCCAAUGGGCACAAUGGAUAGCAAACAUUGUCCUUGGAUCUGGAUCAUUUAUUGCACGGCUAUUACCUUUACUUUCUAACAUCCAAAAUGGACCAAACCAGAAUCUUAGUCCUUUACAGGAAGAAAGGCUGAGAAAUCUACAGCAAAGACUGGCAGUCCCCUUUGAUGGAUCUCGGCUGCAGCAUCAAGAUGCUCUUAAGCAGUUAUGGAGAUUGGCUUACCCUAACAGGGAGCUUCCAUCUCUUAAAUCAGAGCUUUGGAAGGACAUGGGAUGGCAAGGUCCGGACCCUUCAACAGAUUUUCGGGGUGGAGGAUUCAUAUCAUUGGAGAAUCUCAUCUUUUUUGCCAAGAAAUAUCCAGAGUCUUUCCAGAGUUUGUUGCACAAACAAGAUGGAAACAGAGCUGAUUGGGAAUAUCCAUUUGCUGUAGCUGGCAUCAAUAUUUCUUUUAUGUUGGUACAGAUGUUGGAUCUACAAUCAGGAAAACCAUCUUCUGUGGCUGGAAUCCGAUUUUUGGAACUACUCGGAGAAGAUGAAAUGGCAUUCGACAUUCUUUAUUGUGUGGCCUUUCAGAUGAUGGAUGCACAAUGGCUUGUGAAACGAGCUUCAUACAUGGAAUUCAACGAUGUUCUGAAGUCUACAAGGACACAGUUAGAGCGUGAGCUCUCACUUGAAGAUGUCUCCAGUGUGAAAGAUUUACCAGCGUAUAAUCUGUUGAGAAGGUAACUAUGUUCUUGGAAUCCAAAACAUACAUUUGUUUCAUCAUUUACAGAAUUGUUGUCAUAUGUUGUUCCUUAAAAGAUCUGUAAUAAACCAACAAAACUAACAUCUUCAUUACGAAAAUCAAGUAUAGUUUGCGAAUCUGCUUCUAAGUUACAUAAUGUAUAUUCUCCAUAAUAUGCAUAAUCGAGAUCCGGAGAAUAUUGAAAUUUGUAUUGGCAGCCAAACUUUUUCAGCACCAAGGUUAAUAAUCCAUGAUCGUUGCAGGUAAAUUCCCAUCAUAUGGUAUUGCUCUUCUCUGA